AUGACUAUCACCGACCAGAAGAAAACGAUUGCUCCGCGUGGCCGGUAUGACAAAGAACAGUUAAUUGAUGCAGUGACUGCUGUUUUGGAUGGUGAGAUGACGUCGGUUUUGGCAUCGACAAAUUACGGUGUUCCACAAAGUACGAUUCGAAUGCACACGACUCAGACUUCGUUAGAUAUUGGUAGCGGGCGUCCUGUAUAUUUGGACAAGAAAAAAGAAGGUUAUUUGGUUGAUCUCAUCAAGUCAUUAGAAUGUGCCGGUGUUCGUUUAACUAAAAACGUUUUGAAGAAAGUUAUUGGUGAAUACAUUAUAAGCGUUUCUGAUACACAACGCCUCAAAAGCGAAUGGGUUUGUGUUUCGAAUGAAACUAAGAUUGUUUACGAAGAAGAUGGCGGUUCUGGCAAAGCAUUCACAACUGUCGUAGUAGCUGGAAAUGCGGCUGGCAUGUCAUUGCCACCAUUUGUAAUAUAUGGCGCAAAAAAUGUGAACCCUUUAUGGACACAGAAUGGACCCGAUCGUUCGCAAUAUCAUUGCAGCGCAAAAGGUUGGAUAAACGAAGACCUAUUUGCGAAAUGGCUCGAACAUUUAUCUAUUCCCGAGACUGCUAGCAUACAACGACCAUUACUCUUGAUAAUGGACAACCUGUCACCACACAUAUCCAUCAAAGCUAUUGAGAUCGCUCAAAAACAUGGUAUUAUUCUGUUGUGUUUACCUCCCAAUACUACUCAUGCACUGCAGCCUUUCGAUGUCUGUCCGUUUGGUUCUGUUGGAAAUUCAUAUCUUCGCAUUCCUACAUUCGAUGAUUCCGACAGCGAUCUAAGGUAUGCAAAGCAGAGUUUUCUUCAUGUGCAUGAUUUUGUUUGCACUUCAAUGAUUCAAACGAUUCGAUCAAUGCUACAUCAUCGCGAAAUACUCAGCGGGAAAACAAUGAUUCAAUCGAUUCUAGUAUAUAAUUCAAACAAAUCCUACUUAUCUUCUUCGCUCUCCUAUAUUUUAGCUUCAGGUGAAGAUUUAACUACGUCAAACAAUGAAAGUAAUACCAAGUCGACGUGUGUAGCUCCUAAAACGAAUGCUUUGAUGAGUCCACAGUCCGCGACUAAGUCCAUCAUUGCAGCUUACUCCAAAGAUCACACCACGGCGUCAUCAACACAAUCUACCCGAACAAGUUCUAGAAUUCGUGUUCAGCGUAAAUCUGGUGAAGGAGAUUGUCUCUAUACGAAAUACGGAAAUCGAACACAUGGUCAAGGUUGGACUUUGUUAUGUCCAAAAACGAAAUUACAUUUCGGAAUUUUUGUCUUCUAUCAUUCGAAUGCACUUGAGAAUGAGACAUUCUCAUGGUGGACUGCAUCUUACAAUGGACUAUGUAAUCAGAUGAAAUAUCAGAAAUGUCGAUGGUGGUUUUCAGACUUUCAGCCAUUGACUUUGCAAAUGUAUGAUAAAUCGUUUCAAAUAGCACCAAAGCGAUUCCUAGUCGAGCAAUAUGGGCCAAAAUGGAUGACUCCACAACGUUAUGGCUAUUUCGAAUCGCUGGAGUUUCUUCCUAAUUUGAUUAUUGAGCGUUGA